GCGCGGGGGCUGCUGGGAGGGUGGUGACGUGUGCGGUGUAAACACUGGCGGUGCGGAGGGGGAGGACCGGGAACCGGGGCCGCGGGGGGAGAGGAGAGGAGAGGACCGCGGGGGCAGCGAUGGAGCCGCACAUCAGACUGAGCGUCACCUACGGCGCCGAGACCCUGACCUUCUUGGUGUCGGAUUCGGAGAGGACGACCUGGGCGGACCUGGAGGCCAUGGUACAAGUUUCCUUUGACUUAAACAAUUCGCAGCUUAAGUACAUUGAUGAGGAUAAUGAAGAGGUUUCUGUUAACAGCCAAGAGGAAUAUCAAGAAGCUUUGAAGAGAGCAGCCAAACAAGCCAACCACAUUCAGGUGAAUGUUUACGAGGGAAAACAAUCACAGAUAAGAACUGAGAGCCAGAGCGCAAAGAAGAUGUGUGAAAACGGUGACACGCAGAGAGAGUGUCUGAACAAGAAGCCAAAGAAAAAGGAAAUGAAACCUCAUUCGCAGCUCCUGAAAACCAUCGACCAAGACGCAAAGGUUUCACAAGACUGUAAGAGAACGGUGACCCCGAAAGAUGCAGAUCACAACGAGGAGAACUGGCAGCUGCCUCCAGCGUGGUUUACAGGGUACAUGGAGACUUUCAAGGAGAAGCUGGUGAGUGAAACCGUCGACCGGAUCUGUUGUGAAGUCUUUCACGAGAGCACGAGCCAUCGGAGAUGGGCGCGUGAGGUGUCCAGCGUUCAGGAGCCAUCCCCUCUCCAUCCUCCGCUGGCCCAGGCUACGCGGAGCAGUGACUUUGAUUGGCACAUGGCCUGUAGUCAUUGCCAGUCCUGUAUCGUUGGUGUCCGAUACCAGUGCAGUGUUUGUCAGGAUUACUCCGUGUGUGAAGCCUGUGAAGCUGGUGACUGCGGGCACGAUCCUGCCCACUCGCUGCUGAAGCUGAGGAGGCCGCCCGUACCCACCGCUGAACCCUCCUCACCCCCGCUCCGUGCGGGCACCGGUUUCCCCGGGGUGGUGGAGCAAGCACGAUUGCAGAAGCAAAUGGAGAAAACGUUUCUGAAAGCCGAGAAGCAAAGGCUGCGAACUGAGAAGAAGCAGCGCAAAGCAGAGUUUAAGGAGAUUAGAAAGCAACUGAAGCUUCAGAAGAAAAGUCCCCUGUGGAACGGGCUGCGUGUUGUGGAGCACCCUAGCGAGCAGAUCCCACUGCCUAAAGGCUUCCCGGCCCCGGCUACCGUGCCUGUCUCCAUGUGGAACGCCGAGUUUGUGGAUGAGAACUUCCUCGACGGGACCCACCUGCAGCCCGGGUUUCAGUUCACCAAACACUGGAGGAUGAAGAACACUGGCAACAUCAAGUGGACCCAGGAAACAAAGCUCCAGUUGAUGUGGGGGAAUCUCCCCGGGGCUCAGUCUGCGAUGGAGGCGCCCGUCCCAGCUGUGGCACCAGGACAGAUCGGGGUGGUCUCCGUAGCGUUCGCUGCCCCCAAUUCUGAGGGCACCUACUCCUCUCAUUGGCGACUGGCUCACGCAGGGCAACAGUUUGGGCCUCGAGUGUGGUGCAGCAUCGUCACUGACCCCCUGACACUAGAUGGGAAUACCAAUGCCCCCUGCGUCAGCCCUGCCCAGAUCCCCUCGCCCGACAAUCAGGAAGGGGCUUCGUCAGAGGCAGGAAUGGAGGACCCCCAGGUUACCUUGGAGCCCAAGGAAACCGAGAGCUCAGAGACAGCAGCCAGAGCUGACCCCAGGCUUCAGGACUAUGAUCCCAGCGCAGACUUCUACACCAUGGUGCCCUCCGUGGACCUGCUGACCGCCCAGGAUUUGCUUUCUUUCGAAUUGUUGGAUAUCAAUAUCGUCCAGGAAAUGGAACGUGUACCACACAACACACCGGUUGACAUGACACCGUGUAUGUCACCGCUGCCCUAUGAUGGGCCGCUAAUUGAGCGACAAGGAUUGGGUCAGAUCGAGGAGGAGACUGAAGCCUAUUUCAAACCCAGGCUCGACGCGACGCCGAGGGGAGGGGCGCGCAAGUGCUCGCUGGCGGAAGAGGGAGAGGAGGACAUCAGCGGGACGCAGUUUGUCUGCGAGACGGUCAUCCGUUCGCUCACUCUGGACGAGGCCCCUGAUUUGCUGCUUCGCCGCAGAGAGAAGCUGGAAUCGCUGCACGAUUCCUCGCAAGAAGUGCAGGAAGCCUUCAGCUCCGAUCCCAUUAAAGAGGAAGUGCUUCCCGACAAAACCUGCCUGAGUCCCGCUUCCGUUCCAGCCCAGACCGGGUCGACCCAGGAAGAGACAGCGCAGCCGGUGACCGAGAAGCUGGAGACCGACGUGGCUGCUGACUGUAACGGUGAACUGUCUGACGAGGAGAACGACGACGCACAGAGCCAGGGCUCUUCAGACUGCUCCGAGGAUUACAUCAUCAUCCUGCCCGACUGUUUCGACACGACCCGUCCUCUGGGAGACUCCAUGUACAGCUCUGCCCUCUCCCAGCCGGGGGAGAGCGGUGGCGAGGGGGGAAUAGAGGUGGUGUCGGACUCCGAGCUGACCGAGAGCAAAGAGGCCGAUGCCAACAGCAGGACUCGGACACACAACGUCAACGACAUGUUGUGUGCGUCUCAGACACUGGACACGGAGCCAUUGACGCCAGAGGUGGUACCAGCACCGGUGCUCCCCCACAGAAAUGACUCGACUCUGCCCCAGCUGCAGCCUGACGAGGAAUCAGAAACAGCUGCCGUGGUGAACGGAGACUCGAGGUGUUUGGACGCCCCGUGUGAGGGGUCACCGAGGUUAGGGAAUACCAGGCGAGACCUCGACCCACACUCCAGACACCCCAGUGGCCUUGCUGGUGGGCUGAUGAAGGGCGCCCUGUCUGUAGCAGCCUCCGCCUAUAAAGCUCUCUUUUCCGGAGAAACAACCGUGACUCAGAGCGAGGCGACGGAGAGCCAGGUGGCCUCGCUGAUGGACGUGCUGUUCGAGAUGGGUUUCUGCGACCGCCCCCUGAACAUGAGGCUGAUGAAGAAACACAACCACAACCUGAUCGAGGUGGUGACCGAACUGCUGAACAUCAGUGACAACGACUGGUACGCAGAGAGGCACUGAAUACCCGGCGAUUCCUGCACCCACCCUCCACCCUUACCCACCCCCCCACCCCUCCACUCACCCAUACCAACCACAACCACUUGCUCACCCACAGGGACUGUGCGGGCAGAUACCCACAGCCCAUUAAUUCCGAGGAUCAGUUCCCGACUGAUUUUCACGGCAUUUUAAUGCUGGACACGGUCGUAAUCGGACAAAGAAACUCUCACUUUUCUCUAGACCCUAUUGAUCCAUGUUUUACUUUCAUAGACUUCGGUGUUGUAUAGGUUUGUAUAAAGGCAAAAUAUUAAAUGUGGAUUAACAAACCUAGAAACAUGAGCAGUGGGUUCAAAGUGAACCCUUUCUCGCGCCCCCCAACCCCCCCUUUCCCCUCCCUCUCUCCCUCCCUCCCCGGCUUGUUGUGAAAAGCAGACGGCUGUUCGGCGGUGAUCGAGUGCGUUUCGAAACCUCUCCCGCGCCCGUUAGUUGGGCCUUCCAAGGCCUUCGAGUUUUACCUUUCGAGAGUCGUUAUCUCGGGAUUUAAUGGACGCAGUGGUUUCGAUGGCCUGUAGUUGCCGAGUUCAACCCUCGUCGGCACCGUGGCCGAGUGCGUUGUUCCCGUGCGUUCAGGCCGCCUGGACGGAGAGUUUAAAGUGUAGCUUUGCAGAAAUAGUGUUGCAGUCACAUCCCUUUGUUCCCCAAGUCGGACCCUCUAAAACCUUCUUUCACCCGGUCGGUGGAAGGCAGCAGUAUUUGCGAUUCACUCUAACCUGUUGCGGUCUGCCGAGAGCGCUCUGCUAUUUCACUAAACUACGCCUCGCAGGGCUGCGGAGAGUUGAGAGCUCUUAACGUUUCUGCUGUGGCUUGUACUAGGAUGCCUUGUUCAACAGCAGCUGUGUACUGUCCCUGGUGAACCACAGAAGGCCCCCGCUGGGAGAUGAGUUCGAUCAGGAGCCUCGUCCUCUGUCCCAGGAACGAGUAAAAAGCCUUCCUCUCCUCAGUCUUAAGUCUUUGAGCUUGUGUCAUCUUCACCGAUCGGUACCGCAGAGUGCGGGGGCUCUGGGUCCGGGUCAGCGGGGAGGGAGCUCUGAUCAGUCUUGUGUCUCGUGUCCGCAGUGGGUUUCGGGGGCAGUGUAAUCGGGGCCCGCUCGCUCCAGCACAUCCCAAUAAAACUGCCCGCUUUGUGAUGUCCCUGCA